AUGCAAUACAGCUCUUCGGAAAACAUUGCUCUCCUACGGUCCUUUGUCACCCUUUUCUCUACCUUCAAGUGUAUCAAGGUGCUCAAGAGGCACGCACAUGCGAUUAUCACUUCUUUCGAUCCUUCUCCUCCCAAAGAGGACUUCUUAGCGUGGCUCCAGGUCGUGGGUGCCUUUGCCCUCAAUCUGAACACAUGGGGUUUGAUGAAUGCGUAUGGGGUCUUCCAAACAUUCUACCAGCUCGACCUUCUCAGUUCCCAGUCGUCGUCCAGUAUCGCCUGGAUCGGUUCCACGCAGGCCUUCCUACUGUUCCUCGUCUCCGUUAUAACUGGUCCAAUAUUUGACGCCGGCCACCUUCGCUCCCUGCUAUGUAUCGGUCUCGUCCUGGUCGUCGUGGGCAUGAUGCUCACCAGCAUCACCAGUCGGUACUGGCAAGUGUUCCUGACCCAAGCCGUCAUGAUGGGUCUCGGCUUUGGCUGUUUAUAUCUGCCGGCACCUGCAGUCGUCUCCCAGUAUUUUCACAGACGCACAGCGCUGGCCAUGGGCGUUUCGUCUCUAGGCGCUGCCUUAGGAGGUGUUAUAUACCCAAUUGUUUUUCACCAGCUUCAGCCACGCAUCGGCUUUGAUUGGACUGCUCGCGCCCUCGGCUUCAUCAUUCUGGGAACUACGAUUGUUCCAGCCGUCCUUAUGAGGUCCAGAGCACCACCAGCAGCAACAUGGAGCCUUAUCGAUCGCGCAGCAUUCACAGACGGCCCAUAUCUCCUAUUGAAUCUAGGUCUUGUCUUCGGCUUCAUGGGUCUAUACAUCGUCUUUUACUACAUCCAACUGUUCUCUCUCGACCGCACCGACGUCUCCUCGGGACUCUCCAAUUACCUGCUUGUGAUCAUCAAUGGCUGUUCACUCCUUGGCCGCACAGUCCCCGGCUAUUAUGCGGACAAGAUAGGCUCCAUCAACGUGCAGACUAUGGCCGCUUUCAUCGGGGCCAUCUUGACAUUCUGCCUUCUGGCAAUUCAUACUACUCCAGCUCUUGUUGCAUACUGCGUGUUGAUUGGUAUCUGCUCCGGCACGUUCAUGGGACUGCCCGCUGCCGGAGUUAUCAGUCUCUCGGCAGACAAGAGCAAAAUCGGGACGAGGCUGGGAAUGACACUCGCCAUGGUAGGAGUCGGCGUGUUGAUUAGCAAUCCAAUUGCUGGGGCCAUUGUGGGAGAAAAUCGGAAUUGGGUAGGACUGGUUGUCUGGUGUGGUGUUCUAUUAGUCGCCUCAACUGCGUCACUGAUGGCAAGCAGGAUCGUCAAGGUCGGUCCUGGACUCACCAAGGUACUAUGA